CGUAAUCUCGCGUGGCUUCGGAGAUGUUCGUACGUCGCCGACGGCAAAACAAGUUCUCGGUGAACUUUCUAGUGAGGGCAGCCUUCGCUCAGCCAGAGUCGCUUCGAGCAGCGUCAGGCACGGUUGUCUCUGGUGUUGCAGCGUGAAGAACAAUAUGCAACUGUACGUGGCGCUCCUGUGUGUUAGCGUCGUAGCGGCUGUGGAGCACCGCGCCACGGUGGACCUGGCCGACCCGCAGGGCCAGACGGGCGUGCGAGGCCACGUGACCCUGGUGCAGCAGGACGAGGGGGAGGUGCUGGUGAGCGGCGAGGUGUCGGGGCUGUCCCCUGGUCUGCACGGCUUCCACGUGCACCUGUCGCCCGACAUCGCCGGAGGCUGCGCCGGCGCCCAGGGACACUACAACCCCCACAACAAGCACCACGGCGGGCCCUUGGACGCCGACCGCCACAUCGGCGACCUGGGCAACAUCGAGGCGGGCCAGGACGGCGUGGCCCGAGUCCACGUGGUCGACGGCCACAUCCGGCUGACGGGGCCCCACUCGGUGGUGGGGCGCAGCGUCGUGGUGCACUCCGACGAGGACGACCUGGGCAAGGGGGGCUUCAGCGACAGCCUGACCACGGGCCACGCCGGCAGUCGCCUGGCCUGCGGCGUCAUCGUGCAGUGAGGCCCCGGGGGGAGAGAGUCCGCGCACUCCACACUUGCUUUACUCUUCAUCACGGCGUCACUACACAGCUUCUUACCUACUGAAAAACUGUUGUUCCAUUAGUUACGAUGUUUGGUCAUAUGAAACAAUUCAAAUUACACCACACAGCCAGGGGUGUAUGCAGGAGCGUAGCCAGGGGAGGGUUUUUUUAGGGGUUCAAACACACCCCCCCCCCCUUCCCCUUAGCAGCAAAUCUUUAAUUCAUUUCUUAUUCAUCACUCAAACAAAUUUCAUAUUAAAAUUAAUAAAAUUUUUACUAUUACAAUAUUUAAAUUUAAGAACCGAAAACUGCUAAAAUAGCACUAUUUUACAUAUUAAAAUCAAAUUUUUCCCGGGGGAGGACCCCCGGACCCCCCGCUUUAAUACGGGGGGGGGGGGGAAGCAUGUUUCUUAACACCCCCCAUACACAAAUCCUGGCUACGCCACUGGGUGUAUGCAGGGGGGAUAUAUCCCCUCACCUAUAGAAAUCCUAAAAAAUAUAUAAAAAUAUAAUUCCUAGCCCUCCAACCCUCUUUGAAAUAAAAGUCUGCGGACGCUCCUAAACACAGCUUCACUAUUAGAUGGUGCCCGAUACCAACAUGUGCCUAAAGAGCCAUUUUGUUCUACGAAAAUUUCUCUUUACACGUACACAAAAUAAGGAAAUCAAUAAUCUGAAGUAUGUUGUAUACAUUAUCCUGUAUUUCACAGAUUACAGACUUUACCACGUGAUUAAAACUUAAGUCAAAAAUUUUGCUAUAACUCGCAGGUUCAGAGAAAACCAGUUAGUGACAUGUAGCGGUAAAAGGCCUGUGCCUUAAGUUAUCUAUUCACUUACAGCAUGGAAGUCACAUUGUCAUGGUAGAAAUGGAGACAUGGUAGUAUAAUAAUUCAGCCAACCUGAUAAAAAAUAAGGAAUAAAAAAAUUCAGGCCCAUAUGUUCUCGCACAUGCAUCUUGAGAUUUACCUCGUAAACAGCAAGACUUUGUUAAGUAUUGCAGUAAGUGUUUUUGACCAAUAAUAUUAACCAUUUACUAUUGUUAUUUAUUUUGGAAUCUACCAAUUCUGUAUGUGUACACAUGUUAUCUGACAUCAUCUAUGUGUAAUGGGUUAUAUAAUUCAUUUCUGUGCACCUAUUGUCUGUAUUGGAAAGUUUUUAAGUAGGUAAUAAACUAAUGAUAAAAUAAUUUAGUUGGUUUUUGCUUUUGUAAUAAAAUAAUGCUUAAGGAUAUAUAUUUUAGAACUGAAUACAAUAUUUUACCUAA